AUGGCCAUGGCGUCAUCCACCACCCAGGCCGUCGAGGCCCAGAAGCCCGAAACCACCACCAACAAUGCCUCUGCGGCUCCCAGGAAACGGAGAAGGAGAGCGCCGGCAACCGGUGCGAGUGAAGAUUGCUUUGCAUGCAGGAAACGACAAAUCAAAUGCGAUCGUCGACGGCCAUACUGUGGGCAAUGCAUUGAGAUGGGCAAAGAGUGCUCUGGAUACCGCACCACUUUGACCUGGGGAGUUGGAGUCGCCAGCCGUGGCAAGCUUCGAGGCAUGUCACUACCAAUAGCCAAGUCGCCCACGCAGACCACUAGCACGACCCGAGACUCGAAAGCGCAAAAGUCAACAGCAUCUGUCGCAACACCGACCACAACUACCACGCAGCAAAGUCCCGCUAGGCUUGAGACUCGAAGAAGCGUAGACUUUGGGAUCCACUCGCCCACCAGUCCCACGAGCCCACACUCAUUCUCCGCUCCACAGGAAUACCAGUAUUUUUGCCCCACGAGCCCAAUCCCAAUUCCGUCUCCCACAACACCCAUGGGAUUUCCCGUGCCGGGAUACGGGGAGCACGUGGAACCGUUUCAUCCGCAUUCAUCCAAAUUGAGGCGGCCUCACCUCCACAGGGGCCCUCUACAAAGACUACAUACCUCGCUCACAGUUCCCUACGACGACAAUGGACUGUCGGCCUCGUCCGCCUCGCUCGGCACGUACAGCGAUAGCGACUUCCCUUCACCUGGCGAAUUUCCUCACACUCCUGCCGAUGAAUUUCCCUUCGCCGACUCUUCGUUUCAUCGAUACUCUUCUCACGCCUUUCACGACCACAGGUCCAUGAGUUCGAUGGAAAAUAUCCAGUACCAUCAUGGCCCUCGUACUCUGCCUAUUGCCGACGACGUAAGCUCCAGCAUCAGCUCCGAUCAGAGCGUACAAGACUUCAACGAAGUUAGCUCCGCUCAGCAGACAAUGGGCCCGCCUGCUUUUCCAGAUAUUUUCAUUGAGGGGGAAAUGAGUUCAAGCCUCAGUGGGUUGUCCCAGUCUGGAUUUUCCUAUCUCCCCUCGGAGGGUACGUCUUCCAUUGGUUCUGGCCCCUUGUCUUUUGACGAAUUCGCGCUCACCACUUCCAUUCCUCAGAGUCUGUCCAUCGCUUUCCCCCUUUCCCAGCGCAUGCGAUAUCUGAUCCAAUUCUACGAUCAAUGUAUCUGCCCGGUUCUGAUAGCUGGUGAUUCCCCGUCGAACCCAUAUCGGAUGCAUAUCUUGCCUCUAGCCCUUAGAAGCGAGGGCCUCCAGAACGCCAUUGCAGCUCUCGCGACGAACAACAUUCGCAUGCGAGGUGGCAUCGAAGGCCGGCGGCUCAGCUAUCCCCAGGACUCCCGACUGCUACCGGACCAUGCAUAUUCGCAAAUGACCCCGAGGGAGCUCAGGGAGAUGCAUGGCGAGCCUUCCAAUGAGGAGAAAUACUACAAGACUCGUUCCAUUGCUUUGCUCAACGAAAAGCUGGCUGAUCCGCAUGGAGCACAAGACGAUUCUGUUCUUGCUACCCUCCUCGUGCUUUGCCUUUUCCACGUAUGCGACUCCGGUUUCACCAAAUUUAGGACUCAGCUUGCUGGGGUACAGAAGCUGCUGAGCAUCCGCGAUCGAAGUGUACAGUCAAAUUUCAUUGGAUGGAUCGAAUUUUUCUUUACUUGGUUCGACGUCCUUACCUCCGCGGUUAACGAUCGGGAAACGGAGGUACAGGGGGAUUCCCUAGAAAUGAUGAAUCUUACAGCCAAUUUGGGUGUAUCAGAGCACCUUUCGGGAUGCGAAGGGCGUCUCUUCAAGCUUAUUGCUAGGCUUGGCAGGCUAAAUCUUCUAAGUCAAAACCGUCCUGUCCGGGAGAGCAACGCCACACCGUGUGCAUCGCCGCGUGUCAGGCGGCGCGCCGACUUCUAUUCUUUCAAUUUCACGAACAUCGAUGGUAAUGGAUGGGGAACCCCGGUGCACGAAGCUUUGAGCCCACAGACCCCGACCGCUGACGAUCCGCGCUCUGCAUUCUGGCUUGAGUGGCACGACAUCCGUUCUCGGGUAGAAGAAUGGGAAUUCGAUCUCCCAAUCGACAGGUCCGCUCUAUCUCCAGCCCAAGCCGCAAUGCUGCACAUGAACGAGAGUUUCCGGUACGCCGCGCUUCUCUAUACCGAACGACUGGCGCAUCCUACCGCACCACCCAGCGCGCUCAACUUCCAGGGCUUAGUUUCUCAAGGCCUCUUCCACAUUUCCCAAAUCGGAAUCACGAGCUGUGUCAACAAGUUCUUGCUCUGGCCCCUGUUCAUUAUAGGGACAGAGUGCGUGGUGGCGGAACACCGAGCAAUCGUUCGCCAGCGGUGCGUCGAGAUCCAGCGAGAGAGUGGGUUCUUCAAUAACCUGAGUGGGCUGGAAGUCUUGGAGAAAGUGUGGCAGGAAGACGACGAGCGGGGAGAGGAGGCACAGCCCCAAGGGCAGGGGUACUUCGGUGCACUGCAGCAGGCGUUCAGGUGGAGAAAAGCCAUGGAUCGCGUUGACGGGGAGUACAUAAUGAUUUGA